CUCCGAGCGCCGCUGCCCCCGCCUCGCGGGGAGCGAACAUGCGACUCCGGCUCCCCGAGGAGGCCGCCGCCGGCGAGUGAGGAGCCGCCGCCCCGGCCCGGCCUGGCCCCGCCGCCCGCCCGCCCCGGCCGCAGCCGCCCCGCUUCGCCCAGGCAAUGACAGCGGCUCCGGCCCCCUCCCCGCAGCAGAUCAGGGACCGGCUGCUGCAGGCCAUCGACCCGCAGAGCAACAUCCAUAACAUGGUGGCAGUGCUGGAAGUGAUCUCCAGCCUGGAGAAAUAUCCCAUUACCAAAGAGGCACUUGAGGAAACGAGACUUGGGAGGCUUAUCAAUGAGGUGAGGAAGAAGACAUCCAAUGAGGAACUUGCCAAACGUGCCAAGAAAUUGUUGCGGAAUUGGCAAAAGUUGAUAGAACCUGUAACCCAGAAUGAACCAGUGCCAAGGGGGUUGCCGAAUCCACCUGGAUCAGCAAAUGGUGGUGCUCACAACUGCAAACCAGAAGCGCAGCUUCCUGCUGUGGCUGGAUCCAAGCCAAUCAGCGAAUUGAAAAGCAGGAAUGAUAUACAGAAACUAAAUUCUCCAAAACCAGAGAAACUGGGAAAUCGGAAAAGGAAAGGUGAACACAGGGACGGGCAUCAGGGCCCUCCUCCCCCAAAAGUCUCCAAAGCUAGUCAUGAAGUAUUACAAAACUCUUCACCCCCUCCAACAAAUGGAAUUGGAGGUAGUCCUGAAAAUUUUCCUAGUCCUGUAGACAUAAAUCUACAUGCAGGGCCUGAAAGCAGCAGGACAGAACUCAGUGAAAACGAUAAACACAGUAAGAUCCCAGUAAAUGCUGUAAAACCUCACACCAGUUCUCCAGGACUUGUAAAACCUUCAAGCACUUCCUCGUUAUUAAAGACUGCAGUGCUUCAGCAGCAUGAUAAAUCGGAAGAAACCACAGGACCGCACCAACCUAAGAGUCCUCGCUGUUCCUCGUUUAGCCCUAGAAACGUUAGGCAUGAUACUUUUGCUCGGCAGCAUACUACGUACUCACCAAAGGAUUCAAUGCCUAGUCCAUCUCAAAGGUCUCAGUUCUUAGAUACUGCACAGGUGCCGUCACCGCCACCAUCCUUGAUGCAACCAUCGACACCUCCGAUGCCAGCAAAAAGACUGGAGUUCUCUCAGCAAUCAGUAACUGAGGUAUCUCAGCACUGGCAGGAGCAGCAGGUACCGUCUGAAAGCCAGCACAGGCAUACAGCAGGGACACUUCAACAGCACCCAUCUCCCAGCUGCAAAACCAGCUCCCACCCUGGGGAAUCUCUCACGCCACACCUGGGCUUUUCACAGGACACUUCAAAAAUGGACAGUGAUGAUGCUGCUUCAGGUUCCGAUAGUAAAAAGAAGAAAAGGUACCGACCCAGAGACUAUACGGUCAACUUGGACGGGCACGUGACAGAAGGGGGUGUGAAACCUGUGAGAUUAAAAGAGAGAAAACUCACUUUUGAUCCCAUGACAGGACAGAUAAAACCUUUAACACAGAAAGAUCCUUUGCAGGUAGAAAUCCCUGCACUUACUGAACAGCACAGGACAGAAACGGAAAAGCAGGAGCAAAAACCCAACCUGCAAAGCCCUUUUGAACAAACGAACUGGAAAGAAUUAUCCAGAAAUGAAAUCAUUCAGUCAUAUUUAAACAGACAGAGUAGCUUGCUGUCUUCGUCAGGAGUACAGACUCCAGGAGCUCACUACUUCAUGUCUGAAUAUUUAAAGCAGGAGGAAAGCACUAGAAAAGAGGCUAGAAAGACUCAUGUUCUAGCUCCUAACAGCAAACCUACAGACUUGCCUGGGGUCACAAGAGAGGUCACGAGUGAUGACCUCAACAGAAUAUGUGAACAUAACUGGCCAGGCGUGAACGGUUGUUAUGACACACAGGGUAACUGGUAUGAUUGGACACAGUGCAUAUCUUUAGAUCCACAUGGGGAUGAUGGUAGAUUGAACAUCCUGCCUUACGUCUGCCUAGACUGAGUACAGUUUUGCUAAAAAUGCUUUUACAUCUGCAGUUAGCAACAAUGGCAGACACUAUGCCACUUAAAGAUGGAGAAAGCCUCCUGUCCUGGACAAACAGGCCCAACGAGCAGAGGGUGUGAGGGAGCUGGUUCUUUACAGCUCUUUCCUUUAAAUUCUCCUUUUGUGAAAUGCUGCUACCAGUUUACUAACAAUUGCAAAGGAAGGCAUACGAAGGUUGAUAAAUUGAGUUCAAAACUCUAUAGCGAGCCAGCUAUAAAAAAGUGUUAGUCCCCAAGAAGUCAAGAGGAUUUCCAGCACUUUCUGAAUGCCGGAAUCUUAUUACAGGCAGGUACAGAGAAAAUUGUGGAAGUUACCUUAACAAAAUAUGCAUCUAUUUAUUUGACUUGAUUUGGGUUUUUAUUUGGCAGUGAGAUAUUCGAGAGACAAUGUGCAAAAACUGUAGUUUUAUUUGUAUCACAUCUCUGAACAUGAUUGCGUUUUUUUAAAGUCAUGUGGUACGGAGAUUGGGUUUUAAACAGCAGGUGUUGCACUGCAGGCUGGGAGACCAGCUUCAGCUCAACAUUCCAUAGGCAUCCACAUAUUUUAGUCUGGUUUCAGUUUAAAUCCAGUCUCUGAGAAAUGCUGCAAAAACUAGAUGUUUAAUGAUAUUUUUGAUCCCACCACCACCAGCCAAAUAUUUUUCCUCCUUUUCCCUUCCUGCAAACUUCUAGGAAAAAAAAAAAAGAAGAAAAAUCACCUUUUCUAGAGUCUAAAUGUAAUGAGGGUGCUACAAGUUUGUAACUGUACUGUGAGAGGGAAAAAGGAAGCCUGUUUGUAUGCUGGAAAUAUACUUGUUACCAUUCCUUUAGAUAUUGUUUGCCUUAUGGAUAUCCAUCAUAAACGCAAUUUGCAAAAACAAAGAGCCUUAGUGAAUGUACAGUACCUAGACUUCUGUGUUCUUGGGAUGCAGAAGGGAGCAACUUUGCUAUUUGGUCCUUUAAGUGGACACAUUGUGAUAUAAAUGUGGAAAUAAAAAAAAUU